AUGACGAGUCAAGGAAUAAACCUUAUAGGGGAAAGUAUUUUGAAUGAAGAGACAAAAAAUGCCUUUAAUGAAAAUGGAAAACAAUGGCAAGUUGAAUGUCCAAUGUGCUUUUAUCGUCAUUCUUGUAAUUUAUCUAAACAAGCCAUUCAAUUAGAUAAACAUAAAUUAUUAUUUAAUGGGGGAGAAAUUGGUGUUGAUGAAAUUACUAAAUUUGUUAUUGAAAAGAAAACUAAUGCUAUUAUCCUUCAAAUUCAUUGUAAAGACUCAGAUGACAAUGCUUUUUUUUUAAUACAGCAAGAUGCAAAACCAUUCAUUGAUGGAUUAAAACAAGUUGGAUUAAUUGAAAAACGAAGAGCACGUUAUGAUUCAUCUCCAGGAAGUUUCACAGAAAAAGUUGACAUAUAUCUUAAACAAUUAGAAAAUGAAACAAAAGAAGAGAGAGAGAAAGUUAUAAUAGAAGAUACAAUAAUACCUCACAAUGAGAAAGGUCGAACUGUUUUAAAUGAACAUAAACAUCAAACAUUAAAACAACGAAAAGGAAGUAAAAGUAAAAUAGAAAAGAAAGAACUAACAACAGAAUGUAUUGAUCUUGUUGAAGAAGAAGAAAUUGAUUUGGCUUUACAUAAUGACUCUAAAAAACCUCAUCCGACAAUUAGUCUAAGAAGAAUUACAAGAAAAUUAUCAAAGGAAAUUGAUGAUAGAGAAGGUGUUGAACUUUUUAGAUAUAACUCAAUUGCUAUUUAUGAUGUAGACUUAAAACGUGUUAGAGGGGAUAUGUUAAAUGACAUUAUCAUUAAUUUUUAUAUUGAAUUUCUCCAAAAUGAACUACAACAAAAGCAGUACUACUUUUGUAAUUCAUACUUCUGCAGAAAAUUAGAAAGUGGUAAUUUUAAUGAACUAGUUCGAUGGGUGAAAGAAGAUUGGUUCCAGAAGAAGUUUAUUUUUAUUCCUCAAUAUCAAGGAGAUGGAAAGUCAGGUCAUUGGUAUUUAUUUAUCGUUUGUUGUCAAAUGUAUAAAAAAGGUGAGGAAAAAUCUAAAAAAUCAAAAGAAAAAACACAGUCUAAAAAAAAUGACAAUAGUUUUGAAUUUGAUCCUUGCAUUCUUGCUAUUGACAGUAUGCCACAAAAUGAAUCAAAAAUUGGAAUCAUCAAAAAAUUAAAAAGUUUUAUUGCUUCGUUAUCUAAAGAAGGUACUCACCAAGUAGACAAAUUUGUGGUUGAUGCUCCUCGUCAACGAAAUACUAUUGAUUGUGGUGUGUUUAUGUUAUAUUUUAUUGAUAAAAUUGCAAGAACAAAUCCUACUACAUUAUUAGAACUAAAAAACUGUUUAUUAUUAAAUGAAGCACUAAAUUUUAGAGAAGUUAUUGAAGAUGCAUUGACUAUAGCCUCUGUGACACAAUAA